AUGUAUGCUCUGCAGGUGGUGGUUUGGCAGAAGGCCAAGGUGGCCGAUCACAGAAGUGCCCUCGUUGCUACACUGGGGGCCAGCACCGUUGCCAACCUGCUCCCUUGCCACCAUCGCCAAGAGCAACCAGAGAUUGUUUUAGAGGGCUUUUUUCCAAAGCCUGGAGCAGAUUACUCCUCUACAAGCUCUUCUAACCCGGACAAAACAUUUAUAUACGUCAACAACCGGCCUGUCCACCACAAAGAUAUAAUGAAGUUGUUGCGUCAACACUACACCGCUCAGUAUCCAGAUGACUCAGCGCGAAACCGUUAUCCCACUGUCAUGCUUAAGAUUACAGUUCCACCAAACUCAGUCGAUGUCAAUCUGACACCGGACAAGACCCAGGUUCUUCUUCAUAACAAGGAGGCUGUGCUGACCGCAGUGGAGGUGUUUCUAGUUUCUCUCUAUGGCUAUCGGUGUAAUGAUGCCCCAACAGCGAAGCAGCUCGCCUAUCACACAUCCUCCACACCGUCCAGUCCUUCGCAGACUGAGGCUUUACAACCGGACAAUGAACACAGUGUAGAGAGGGAUGACAGUCUCACCAAGCUACAGAAGACCUACCUCAAAGAUGCACCUAAACACAUUGACACAGUUCCGUUGAGCACUGACGCUUCACUGGACCGCCCAACCUCAAACGGCAGCUCUUCAUCCUCCAUAGCCGAGGACUGGAUUGUAAACCAGAUCCCAGCUAGGUUCGACUCCAGCUUUUCUCUCUAUGAUGAUGAAACAGCCCAGACUACAAGCAAGUCCCCUGAGAGACUUGAAGACAUUGCUGUGUCAGGUGCAGACACGAGAAACGACGAGAUAUCUGCCGAAGACUGGAGCCGAGGGGCGGCUUUGAUCGACCCUGUAUCAGGUGAACCCCUGCAGCCCGUCAGCAUCCACCAACCUUUAAAGAACAAUCAUUCAGACUCAGAUAAGGCCAAGAGUCAUGGCAGCCCAAACAAAAAGAUGCUCAACGCCAUAACGGAGAAGCGGGCCGCUCUGACGGCCUACGACCUGAUCAGCAACCGUGCCAUGAGGGCACCACUGACCCCCGCCGCCCUGUUCGAGAAGGAGGCCAGGACAGACGUCCUCAGGGAGAAACCUACAGCCAGCCUGCAGGAUAUCAGCGUCACAGUUCAGGAGAGGUGGAAAAAUCUGAGGGAGGAAGACCGUAAGAAGUAUGAGGAGAAGGCAAAAAAACACCUGGAGCACCAUGACCAGAAGACCAGGUUGGCCUCUGCUGAAGGCCCCAGAGAGACGAGUGUGAGCAGCCCAAGGGGCCAUGCACAGGGCCACAAACGCAAGGCCCCGCUGUCCAACCAGCAGCUGCUGGAUGAGCUCUUCUGUGUACAGCCCCAAAAGAAGAUGAGGAGCCCUGCACUGAAGUCUUCGCAGCCCCUCCCCUGCAGCAUAGCUGCCCUUCGGCUGCAGCUCCAGCGCCUUUCAUCCCAGAGCAGCACAGUGCCACGGGGCCUCCGUCUUGUAAACCGGCUGGCCUCUCACAGCGCCUGGGUCAUUUUAUGUGGUCAGAGGCUCAUGUUGUUAAACCCAUUUCGGGUGGAGGAAAGCUUGCUGUUUAAGAGACUCCUUGAGAAUAAUAUACUUCCAGCAGUGAGUCUGCAGAACCCUAUACCGUUAGCAGAUGGAAGUCUCGGGGGGGCUGAAUAUACUGAGGCUUUGUGGAACAUGGAGAAACAAAGCCCUGAGCUACACGGAGGGGCCCUCUUCUCUGAUCCCAGGCUUGUGGCUAAUGGCUUUAAAAUCCAAUUCACUCCAGGCCUCACCUCAGACGAGAGACAUCUGGAAGUGACAGGAAUGGCAGACUGCGUGCCUUUCCUCGGUGUGGAGGACCUCAGGGAGAUCCUGACUGCAGUUCUUCACAAGAAGGCUAAGACCGUGCAAGAGUGCCGGCCACUUAAAGUCACAAACUACCUACAAGGUGAAGCAGUACGACUUGCCCGUCAGUUACCUACACAUUUAUCCAGGGAGGAUGUGGAGGAAACUCUCGUAAGGAUGGAUCAGCAGCUUGGAGAGAGCACCCGGAGCUGCAUCCAUGGACGACCGUUUCUCCAACAUCUAUCUGAUGUCCCGUCUACUGACCAGGAGGCUAAAGCUCUGCUGAAGCCUUUAGCGCUGUAAGAACACAUCUUAAUACAAAAAAUCACAGAGGUGCAAUAUCCAGCUGUCUCAUUUUAACGCAGCUGAUUAUCUUCAAUGUCAGCUACUUGAUAUGUUUCUAUCUCAGAUGAUGUCCAACAUUGUUACAAACAGAACACAAAAGACUGUAUUUGUUAACAUUUUGUGCUUUUCAUUUUGUUCUUUCAUUUCACAAUAAAUAACUUUAUUUGACAGAACUACAUCAGUCGCCAAUAGUUGAGGACCAGAUUCAGGUGUGUGUUAUUCACUAUAUGAAUGUAUAGUAUGAUUGUGUUGAAACAGCCCGAUUCUCAUGGCUUUUUAUCAGGUAACUGGUAAAUCUGGCCCUAGAGAUUUGUAAAGAAAAGACAUUGGUCUGGUCACACUUAAAGGUGCAGAAGUGUUUGAAAUAGUUUCUUCUAUCCAUCAAAAGUUUUUUUUAUAAAAUUAAGUUCUAUAAGAAUUCAAAGGAACACAUGCAGGGUAACAAUUGUCAAUUUAUGUACCAUUAAAGUAUUCCUUGAAUUGUGCAACAAAAGUAAAUCCAAUAACCUUUUUCAGAAGAUGGCUCAGAGAAAUACUAUUUUAACCCCACUAAAUACAAAUUAGUCCGGAUGUACAAAAAAUGUAGACAUUGAUCUAGUUCAUAAACAGAUUUGCUCUUUGCAAGGGUACCAACUAUUACACAUUUGUGUUUUGGUUUUGUAAAUUGAUUUCUACCAUAGUUUGCAUUUUCUUGGAUUAACAACAGCGUCUUCCACCCACAGAGUGACACCUGACUCUUUCGGUCCCAAAGCCAGGGUCUCUUGCAGCCCCUGAGCCUCAUUGUGGUACCAUUGGAAUGGGUAUUGGCAAGCUCGGAGCCACUGUACACUGCCAGCUACUACCCAUAAUUAUUUUCCCUCAAUGAGUGCCAGCUGCUCGGCCGUUAGUAUUGACAGAUAGUUGUAUAUUACCCCUAGCUGUAUCAAAUGCUUUAGAAAUUUGCACUGUAAUUUCAACCACAAAGUUUAUAAAAUCCUUGACACUGUGCUAACUUGUGGUGGUGCCACUUCCUAAAGACAUUAGUCUCUUACUGCAUCAUUCUGGUGCUCAGUAAUGCGUGAUGUUUCCUGUGGGGAAAGACUUUGCUUUAAAACUUUAAAAAAGAGAUGGCUGGCAAAGCUAUAAUGAUGAUUAGUUAUUAUAUGAUUAGUUAAAAAUGUUCUAUAAACCUCAAGAAGUGGUGGUACCUAAACACAGGAUUUAAUUUGAGAACAUUUGGUUAUGUCCUUUUACCACAUUUGGAUAACAGGAAAACAUAUAGCCAUGCAAGGUUUUCACUCAUCGCCUUUUCAUAUGGACACCGAAUCCCACCGCAGGGACGAGUGCAAUCAGAGCUCUCGUCUUAUGAUAAUAUUAUAGUUAGGACCGUGAAAGGUCAAACCACAGCACACGUCUUGUUUUACGUGGCCUCUGCUGAGAGAACCCACAGAUGGCUUCAGCAUUGCUUCAGAGCCAACACUCUACAAAGUGCCUCUGGGAAGGGGAUGAAUGCCAGUGAGGACCCCCGUCCCUCCUUUCACCCUUCUCCCCUCACUCCUGCCUGCAUGGGCUCUUGUUUGAUACUUCUCACUCUUGGAUACGUGCUCCUCACUUGCUCGUGUCCAGAAAUGUGUGCAGCAGCAGAGUCUACUCUUUACAUGCUGCCUUCGUCACCCAAGGGGCACAUCAGAGUAAUUAGGUAGGACUAACUGAUGAUCAUCUUUUGACCAUGUGACAACACUAUUUAAAAGGUCAGCAAUGGUUCAUAUUGCCAGCUGUCUCUUCAACCACCUGUUUUACUGUUUUUGACAUUUUCUGCAUCAAAACUGAGGUAUUUGCUAAUGAAGAACCUAACCUGAAGAAUGGGAAAAGGGAUGAAUUUUGAAAUUGAUGCUAAAUGAUGAGUCUCAAAACCUGGAUACACAAAUACUCAUUUCACAUACAGCGUCAUCUAGAUAGCUAUCAGUUCUCCUAUUACUGCCCGAAUGUGCAGAGCUACUGCUUCUCAGGUUGUAUUGAGCAAUCAGGGCAACUGUACACCACUCUCACAACCUAGAAGUAACAGUGCACUUUAACAGAGUCAUCCAAUCCAAAAUAAAAUGACAUGAACUAUAUUUAACCCCUUUCCCGCUCUAUUUUUGGAACUGUUAUGAGAAGUAGUCACGUAAAGUAUCUUGCCUAGCCUGGGUACAAACAACACCUGUUUCUGUUUGGAUAUGUGAAACUAGAUAGAGAGUAAAGGUAUUAAUCAAACCAUGAAAGAAUAUAGUUUAAAAACACUUCAACAUGUUAAUAAGAAUCACUUACCGAGUCGUUCCUUAAUGUAGCUUUUUUUAAAUUGCCAGCAUGGUCCAUGAAGAGACUAAAGUCAUUCUUAAACUAAAGUGUCAGAUUGUCACAAAACCAUCUUUAACUGCCCUAAUCCUCUUCCGUAGACCUGCAAUGGAGAGUUCUUUCUGCAGAUGUUUUUUCCUAGACGCUAAAGAAAAAUUAAGAGGAUCGUAAUAAUCCCGUAAAGGAUUAAAACUCAUACUGUAUAGUCGUAAUCUAACAUCCAUUCUACAUGUAUUGACUGAAAACCACUGGACAUCAGUUAGAACCACCUAUCUCAGUGUAAUGGGACACUUGAUCGAUGAGAAAUGAUCUGCAAUCGUUUUCUUUAGGUUUUGUGAAAACGGGAGGAAGCAUUUAACUGAAGCAUGUGCUAGCCAUUUUAUUGAAGUUGCAGGAGUGGGAGAUAGCGAACAGGGUCGCCACUGUAGAAACAGAUAAUGCUUACAAUAUGAUAGCUGCAUCAAAAACAUUACCAUACUAAUGUGUACCGCACAUUAUACACAGGGGAAUCACAGCGUCUCUCUGUGACAGCGGUUUAAUCGACGCUUCGCAUAUCAUUGAAACUAAGCUGAAAUGUUUUAAUAAAGUA